GUGGUGGUGGUGGUGGUGGUGGGUGGUGGUGGAGGAGGUGGUGGUGCGAAAGGACGAGGCUUGGGUUCCCUCGAUCGCGCGAUAGCCCAUCGUCGAAUAAUCUGAAAGAGGACGCUCGGUUAUGACGGCGAAAUCGGGUGGAGGUGGUGGUUUACGAUAUUCUACCCCACGGUCGCGAAUUUUAGUCGAAUAAGGACGAUCGGGUUGAUGAGAGCUACGGUGUCACGAUCACGGUCACGGGAUAGAUCAUGACAGUUCUCUUCGUUAUCGUGGAAUUAAUAGUAGUAGUGGUAGUAGUAGUAGUAAUAAUAAUAGAAGUAGCAAUAGUAAUAGUCAAAAACGCGCGACCAAGUGGAACUUUUAUUAAUUUGAGCAGCUUGGAGCUUAGAAUUUAACGGAGAACGGAGUUUUUACGAAACUUAAGGAACUAGAAAAUUGUCGUUAUAUUGUGGAACGUCCUCCUCUCCUUCGAGACUUGUGUGUAAGUUUUUGAUAUCGGUCAUUCGAAGGUGGACCGGAAGAAGAAUAAAAGCUGCCAUAAUGGCGCACGACACUAUUACGGGUUCUUUCCCAAGGAUACAAUUUUGGAUGUUCACAAGUAGUCUGCCGAUUUUAUUCCUGCUUAUCGUCGUACCUCAGGAGAGCCACGGUGGAGAACACGAAAAACGAUUAUUAAAUAACUUAUUAUCAAAUUACAAUACUUUGGAACGUCCAGUUGCCAAUGAGAGUGAACCACUGGAAGUCAAGUUUGGGAUUACGUUGCAGCAAAUUAUCGACGUGGAUGAAAAAAAUCAGAUAUUAACAACGAACGCAUGGUUAAAGCUGUCGUGGACCGAUUACAAUCUCCAAUGGAAUCAAACGGAAUAUGGUGGAGUAAAAGACGUCCAUAUAACACCGAACAAGCUUUGGAAACCUGAUAUCCUCAUGUACAAUAGCGCGGAUGAGGGUUUCGACGGGACGUACCAAACAAACGUGGUGGUCGCGCAUAACGGCAGUUGCCUAUACGUCCCACCGGGCAUCUUCAAGAGCACAUGCAAGAUAGACAUCACUUGGUUCCCCUUUGACGACCAACACUGUAACAUGAAGUUCGGAUCCUGGACCUACGACGGCAACCAGCUCGAUCUGGUCCUCGAGUCAGAGAAGGGAGGUGACUUGUCCGAUUUCAUCAUGAACGGGGAAUGGUACCUCAUCGGUAUGCCUGGAAGAAAGAAUACGAUAGUGUAUAAGUGCUGUCCGGAGCCGUACGUCGACGUGACGUUCACGAUACAGAUACGCAGGCGAACGCUAUACUAUUUUUUCAACCUGAUCGUGCCCUGCGUCCUGAUAUCGAGUAUGGCCCUAUUGGGUUUCACAUUGCCGCCCGAUUCCGGAGAGAAGCUCACCUUAGGAGUGACGAUUCUGCUGUCGCUGACAGUUUUCCUGAACCUCGUGGCAGAAAGCAUGCCGACAACCUCGGACGCUGUCCCUUUGAUAGGAGUGACCAUCUUGCUAUCGCUGACGGUGUUCCUGAAUCUCGUUGCCGAGACCCUACCCCAGGUCUCCGAUGCUAUACCCCUGUUAGGGUCGUACUUCAAUUGCAUCAUGUUCAUGGUGGCGAGCAGCGUCGUCUUGACCGUUAUGGUGCUAAAUUAUCAUCACAGAUCGCCCGACAGAUACGUCAUGCCUAAUUGGAUCAAAAAGCUGUUCCUACAGUGGCUGCCAUGCAUACUUUGCAUGAGCCGUCCUGGCAAGAAGAUCACGAAGAAGAGUAUCCUGGUGAGCAAUCGGAUGAAAGAACUCGAGUUACAGGAGAGAAGCAGUAAGAGCUUACUGGCGAACGUCUUAGAUAUCGAUGAUGAUUUUCGUCAUGGAAACAGUGCUGCCAAUCCAGCUACCAGUUACAUAAGUAGGUCGGCGUACGGCACGCCAUUGUCCGGACGACCGGCUACGGUCGAAGAAACGUCGGCAUCGUUACCUUUAAGCGGAAUGCAAAGAGAACUUCACACGAUUCUCAAAGAAUUACAAUUUAUCACGAGUCGUAUGAGAAAAGCCGACGAAAACGACGAAGUGAUUAACGAUUGGAAAUUUGCUGCCAUGGUGGUCGACAGGUUGUGCCUGAUCGUCUUCACGUUAUUCACGGUGCUGGCCACGGUCGUAAUACUAUCUAGUGCGCCACACAUAAUCGUCCACUAAUAGACUGCCCGGUCUUGACACCGAAGAAAUGCACAAAAACGUCGCUUAAAUAGCGCCUCCUCGAAUUUGAAGCAACGUUCGCGGGACGCGUGAUUUGCGGGACCGAUUCUAUUACUAACAAGAGAAAGAGAAAUAGAAAGAUCGUAAGAGAAAAUGACAUAAAAAAUAGAUAGAUAAAAAGAAAUA